UUUAAAAUCAGGGUUUUUCCUCUUAAACACACUCCUUUGGCCUCUCAUGUUACAGAAGUUGAGAAUGUCAACUAUAGAGAUAAAUGGGAUUUUUUUCGCAGGCUUUUACGGCAACUUCGCUGAGAGGAAUCGGUGUGCGGAUGCUUUUUCCUGAACUUGGACCUUCUUUCCAAUUCGUGUUUAUGCAUUAACAGUUUAGUUAAUUGCAUUUGUUUUUCUGUUGCACGCACGCCAUCUGUUUGAUUAAAUUAAAUGCAUUUCUUCUCAUCACCACACUAUAUUUUUCUUUUCCAAAUUCAUUGCUAACCGGAAACUGGUGGUUUCACUUUCAGUGCACCUCAUUCAAUUGAAAUUUUUUAGCAUUAACCUGGUGGUUAAUUUUACAUAGCUAAUAUGUUUGAUUUGUUCUAAGGAUACAGCUGAAUAGUGAAGUAUUAUAAAGAGUGGAUGAGACAUUUGGAACUGGCGCGCGAGAUUAUUUGGAGAAACAACAUUUAGAAAUGAUUGUAGCAGCGCGAAAACUCUCCUCUUCAAAUAUUAAACCACUCUUUUAUCUAUCGUUUCUUUGUGAAUGCAGAAACCAUUUCCACUCAAAUGUCUCUUCGACCUUAAUACCUUACUCAAAAACCCGUCUCCGGAACUCCACAAAAUUUUCAUCUCAGUCGUGGGUUAAUUUGUUUAGGUUUUGCUCUUCACAUCAUGCAGAUUCAGCUACAAAACAGAAUUUACCCCUCUGCCGUGAAGGUAAUUAUGAUGAUGUCAAUUCCCAAUCUCUUCGUGUUUGCCCUGGCUGUGGGGUUCAUAUGCAAGAUUCAAAUCCAAAGCACCCCGGUUAUUUUAUCAAACCAUCAGAGAAGGACUUCAAUUAUAGACUGUAUAACAAUCUGGAACCCGUUGCACAAGAGCCUGAGUUCUCCAACUCUGUUAAAAAGGGGUUUGUUAUUGAACCAGAAAAGCUUAAUGGUGAUGAUGUGGGCUUGAUUAAGAAACCAGAGAAGCCUGUGGUCUGUGCACGCUGUCAUUCGUUAAGGCACUAUGGGAAGGUGAAGGAUCCUACUGUGGAAAACUUGCUACCUGAUUUUGACUUUGAUCACACUGUGGGUAGGAAGUUGGCAUCAACAAGUGGGACCCGGUCUGUGGUGCUGAUGGUUGUGGACGUAGUGGAUUUUGAGGGGUCGUUUCCAAGGAAGGUUGCAAAGUUGGUUUCUAAGACAAUUGAGGAUUAUUCUGCUGCAUGGAAGCAGGGUAAGUCAGGGAAUGUGCCUAGAGUUGUGCUUGUGGUGACAAAGAUAGACUUGUUGCCUAGCUCGUUGUCACCAACAAGGUUGGAGCAUUGGAUUAGGCAGAGAGCAAGAGAUGGUGGGAUUAAUAAGAUUACUAGUUUGCACAUGGUGAGUGCACUCAGGGAUUGGGGACUGAAGAAUCUUGUGGAUAAUGUAGUUGAUCUGGCUGGACCUAGGGGUAAUGUGUGGGCUGUUGGGGCACAAAAUGCAGGGAAGAGUACUUUGAUAAACUCUAUAGGGAAGUAUGCUGGAGGGAAGAUUACACAUCUGACUGAAGCACCUGUGCCAGGGACUACACUAGGAAUUGUUAGAGUGGAGGGUGUUCUUCCAAGUCAAGCAAAACUGUUUGAUACACCCGGCCUUCUUCAUCCUUACCAGAUUACAUCGAGGUUGAUGAGGGAUGAGCAAAAGCUUGUUCAUAUAGGAAAGGAAUUGAAACCAAGGACAUACAGAAUUAAGGCUGGCCAUUCAGUUCACAUAGCUGGUCUAAUGAGAUUGGAUAUAGAAGACACAUCCCUGGAUUCUGUUUAUGUCACAGUGUGGGCUUCUCCUUAUCUUCCACUGCAUAUGGGUAAAAUAGAAAAUGCUUCUAAAUUGUUCCAAUAUCAUUUUGGCCAACAGUUACAGCCACCAAUUGGAGAAAAACGAGUACAAGAACUGGGGAAUUGGGUAAGAACGGAGUUCCAUGUUAGCGGGAACAGUUGGGAGUCAAGUUCAGUAGACAUUGCUGCUGCUGGACUCGGGUGGUUUGCCAUUGGACUUAAAGGAGAUGCAGGGUUAGGUGUUUGGACUUAUGAAGGAGUUGAUGUUGUUCUUCGCAAUUCUUUAAUACCCUAUAGAUCACAUAUUUUUGAAGUUGCAGGAUUUACAGUAUCCAAGAUUGUUUCCCAGUCCGACCAAACUUUAAACAAGUCAAAGGAACGAAAUAACAAAAAGCCAAAAAACCAGUUUGUUGAAUCACCUCUUUUGACUUCUGAUAGAGUCAUAUAAUAGUGGUGUCAUUUUGAUCUCUGAUGGAGUCAUGUAAUAGUGGUGUGAGUUUGGGAGAACAAAAAGAUAAUUGAAUAUCAUGGCAUUUAGUUUUCUAUACUGGUGAUGAUGUGGGUUUAGUUUAUUUAAUAUUUUAUGUUGCAUUUUGUUUUCCUUCCGGGUUUGUUACAAAAUGAGUUUGUAAUUCAAACAAGUCUCGUCCGAUAAUUCAAAUUUUAUUUUUAUUUUU